CGGUGGGCAGUGGUUGCAGUUUUCAGAGUCGCAUACUGAACUGUUUUUUACCUAAUGUGCAAAAAUGACAGAAACGGCUGAUGAGGACAAAAAUGUUGCCCAGGUAUUCUGUAGUUCCACCAGGAGCUAUGCCCUGCGUCUUACCCCUGGGCAGGAAAUCAGGUCAGCGUUAGUGCAGUUUGUUCAGAGGAGCGGACUGAAGGCAGUCUUCGUCAUGACGUGUGUGGGGAGUGUAAGGAAAGCCACACUCAGAAUGGCGACAAACAAAGAUGUAGGCAAGGAGGAGAUAAAAACCUUUAAUGAGAAUUUUGAGAUAGUGUCAUUGGUUGGGACCCUCAGAGGAGACAGUGACCACCUGCACCCGCAUCUCCACAUCAGCCUCUCUGAUGUCACUGGUCAUGUGAUCGGUGGUCAUGUGAUUGGUGACCUAAUUGUUCAUACCACUGCAGAGAUUGUGCUUGGAGAGUGUAUGGAACUGGAGUUCAAGGAUGUCAUGGACCCUGAGACUGGCUAUAAUGAACUUGUUAUUGAGAAAAGACAAAACCAAGAAUAAUAUUUACAGACCCUGGUGUAUGUUGAUAUUCUAAGGGACCAUUCCCAGACGCUAUUAUACUAACUGAAGAUUGACUCCUAGGGGAUUCUUACAGUUACUAAAUUGCAAUCAACUGAAGUGGCUUAGAUAUUUGACACGCCUACUGAAGCUGCAAGGGGGUAAUUUUAAUAGUUAAAACGAUUGUUUGGUAGCUUCAGUAGGCAUGCAGGACAUCUAAGCCGCGUAAGAUGGUACCUGCUGUCUCCUUGCUAAGCACUCAGCAUAUAGUAGAGGUUGAAAUCGGGGGAAAAAAGACCAGCACUGUAGAACAACUGGGUACAUACCAUGUGGAAGAUAAGCUUGUGCUUAACAUAAUGUGCCAGCUUGGAUACACUGUAAUCUAUCUUCCCAUCAAUCAUUAUUACCUGUGGAGUCACUUGAGCAGGCCCAUAGCCGGAGGGGGGAGGGAUGUUCGAAGGUCCGUCACGGGGUCUCUGAGUUUCAGAUAUUACCAAAACAUCACCCUUCAUCAGCAAAUUUAUAUUUUGAUUAAGGUGAUCAAAGGAGAAGGAUAUUAUAUAAACAAAUCUGUAUGCUUUAUGUCCUGUGCAGAGUUAGAUGCGACAGAGAAGCUGUAGACGCAUUCUGUCACCGCAGUCUGCACCGAGUCCAGUCCUGAGAGCUUUAUCAAAUAUAUGUUAUGCGCGUAUCAGAGUUUUUUUAUGUUCCUAACAUAAUUUAUUUGAACUAUUUUAGGAAUGGUAUCGCGCUGAUAUUUCAGUGGCAAUCAGGGAUGUAGGUCUACCGGUGUGUUACGUUGUUUCCCGUAUAUAGGUUCUUCGUUUAAAGAGAAGUGGGGAGGGGCAGAGAGGGGGAAAGGAAGUUUAGGAGUGUAAUUAGGAGUGUAAUUUACUUUGGCAUCCAUACAUUGAGUGCGCCUUUAUACAUGUAAUAGGAAGAGCAUUGUGUUGCAGCAGCUGGAAUACUGCUCAACUACAACAAUGAAUACGAAAUAAACGUUCAAGUUCCAUGACCAAAAAAAAAAAAAAAAAAAAA